ACAGGCUCGCGGUGGCUGUGGCGCUUUAUUGCGGCCGCGAGCUCCGCUGCUCUUCUGUCAGAGAGACAGAGGGAGGAGGACAGCAGACACCGCAGUACAGCACCAUGGCAGCCAACACGUACGACGUGAUAGUGAUUGGGGGCGGCAUUUCAGGUUUAAGUGCAGCCAAGCUGUUGGUGGAGAGUGGAUUAAACCCCGUGGUGUUGGAAGCCAGAGACCGUGUUGGUGGAAGAACUUACACUGUUCAGAAUAAACAUGCCAAAUGGGUGGAUUUGGGUGGAGCGUACAUCGGGCCCACUCAAAAUCGGAUUCUGCGACUGGCCAAGGAGUACGGGGUUCAGACUUACAAAGUCAACGAAGAAGAGUCCCUAGUUCACUAUGUGAAGGGGAAGUCAUAUCCAUUCAAGGGGCCUUUUCCCCCAGUGUGGAACCCUAUAGCUCUGAUGGACUACAACAACCUUUGGAGGACUAUGGACAAGAUGGGUAUGGAGAUCCCAGUAGAAGCGCCAUGGAGGGCCCCGCAUGCUGAAGAUUGGGAUAACAUGACCAUGAAGGAGCUCGUGGACAGGGUUUGCUGGACAAGCACUGCCCGCCGCUUUGCCACGCUGUUUGUUAAUGUGAACGUGACCUCAGAACCUCAUGAGAUUUCUGCUCUCUGGUUUCUCUGGUAUGUUAAGCAAUGUGGAGGCACUAUGAGGAUCUUCUCCACCACUAAUGGAGGCCAGGAACGUAAGUUUGUAGGAGGGGCAAAUCAGAUCAGUGAGUGCAUGGCCAGAGAGCUGGGAGACAGAGUCAAACUUCAGAGCGCUGUCUACAGCAUUGACCAGAGUAGAGACAUGGUGGAAGUCAAGACCAUCAAUGAGGAGACAUAUAAGGCAAAAUACAUUAUUGUUGCCACACCACCAGGGCUGAAUCUGAAGAUCCACUUUAACCCUGAACUUCCUCCACUGAGGAAUCAACUUAUCCACAGAGUACCCAUGGGCUCAGUCAUCAAGUGCAUGGUCUACUACAGGGAGAACUUCUGGAGGAAGAAGGGCUACUGUGGAACCAUGGUGAUUGAAGACACGGAGGCACCUAUUGGCCUGACUCUGGAUGACACUAAGCCUGAUGGAACAGUGCCAGCCAUUAUGGGUUUCAUCCUUGCACGCAAAAGCAGGAAGUUGGCUGGACUCACCAAGGAAGAAAGGAAGAAGAGGAUCUGCGAGAUCUAUGCACGUGUCCUAGGCUCUGAGGAAGCUUUGCAUCCUGUGCACUAUGAGGAAAAGAACUGGUGUGAGGAGGAAUACUCUGGUGGCUGCUAUACAGCCAGCAUCCCCCCCGGAGUCCUCACUCAGUAUGGCAAAGUCCUGAGGGAGCCUGUGGGCAGACUUUACUUCGCAGGCACCGAGACAGCUACAGAGUGGAGUGGCUAUAUGGAAGGGGCUGUGCAGGCCGGAGAGCGAGCAGCCAGGGAGAUUUUGUUUGCAAUGGGGAGACUGCAUUCAAGUCAAAUCUGGCAAAAAGAGCCUGAGUCAUUGGAUGUUCCUGCUUUGCCGUUUGUCACCACCUUCUGGGAGAGAAACUUGCCAUCCGUCGGAGGAUUCUUCAAGUUCAUGGGCGUUUCCUCAGUCCUGACGGUUGCCACUGUCGUAGGUGUAGUGGCCUAUAAAAAGGGACUCCUUCCCUGUAGCUAGAGCUCCCACGUUAGUGUCUCACUGGCUUUGGUUAAGACUGCUUUCUCCAUACAGUCACCGCACCAAGGCUAGGCUACUGACUAGGCAUGAGCCCAUGUCAGUUACAGAUUUGAUUUUUAACUCACUUUUUAACAAUUUAUCACCCAAUCACAUUUUUAUGUAAGAAUUCCCAGUGUAAUGAAUAAAAUAUGUAAUCAUUAGUGUUGAAAUGGGAGCUGCCCUUUUCACAGGACAUACCAUAGUCAGAAGUGAGAACCAGUAAGGACGUUUGUCUGGCCACCAAUUUCUAACAAUUUUCCAAGGCUACAUUCAACAACAAUUACAUUUCACCAUAUAGUCACUACACAUAUCCUCCCGUGCAGUACAGUGCGUGUGUAAUGAACCAGUUGAUUUGAUUACCUCUGAUGAUUUUAGGUGCUGUUCUAAGGAACUCCUAAUCCGAACUAGCCUUUCAAACUACCUGUGACAAAGCUAAAGCAUUAGCUGAAGAUUUCUAUUUUGUUUUAUGAUAGUCUAUUUGACAUUUUGAGAAUAUGUCCUCUCUGACACAUGUCACACAAGUGCACACGAUUUCCAUGUAGUGGUCUGGCUCUCAGAGUGGCCCAUAGUUGCUAAAGCUAGAGAAAGCCUGAAUUGUUGGGAUUUCUUCAUGCUGCUGUCCAUGACUGUGGCAAUUAUGAUUGAUUUUUAAUGAAGGUAUUUGAAUGUAUUCUUUUCUGAUUACAUAUUGUAUAUGAUUUUGAACAUAAUUUAGACAGAUGUACACUUGAUAUAUACAUUGUUUUGUUUUUUUACACUUAAUUUUAUAAGGUGAUUUCCGUACCCUAUUGUCACCUUUCACUGUAUUGCACCAUACACAGUUAUAUCAUUUAUACAUCAUAUCUAUCUACAGUAAGCCCCUUGCAGCAGGUUUUAUCAUUUUAAUAGAAGAUACAUCGUGAGAUCUUUUCUGCACUUCAUAUUCACAGUUGCACAUAAUAGCAUGUUAGAGUAUAAUAUAAAUCUCUAUUUUGUCAAUAGAGAUUGAAGUUUGAUUCUGGUACUUUAGAUAUGUUUCAAUAUUUCACUGCUAAAGCGUAGUAUGCUAAACCAAAAGAAUUUGAAAUUUCUUAAUGUGACUUAAAAUGUGACUUAAUGGAAAUGAUUGUAAUACAUCCAUAAGAAAGAUACAAGAAAUGGGACAAAAGUAUAUAAAAAAAGAAAUAGAUGUGUGUGUAAGCCCCGUGUUUGUGAAAUAUGUCAUUGUUCCAAAGGUGUGUUGUGUUGUCUGUGGUGCCUUAAAAAUUUAGUAGUGUCUGUCAUUUCUCAAGUGCCUCUGUGAGUGUGUGUGUGUGUAUGUGUGUGUCUGGGGCAGCUCUUGGGUCAGUCACUGGCUACUUUAGUGAAUAGAUUCUUCAUAUUAAUUACUACCUUCUUCUAAGUAUUUCUUUAUGCAACACAAACAUGAUGUAGUGUCACAUUCUUUUAGACUAUUUAGAUUUCAAGCAGCAAGCGAGAUAUUCCAGAUAAUGCCAUCAUCAUGUCUGCUUAGGUCAUGUUAAUGUCUCAUGUUCGUGUGGUCACGCUCAUGCUGAUGGGUAGUGACUGUAAAGAUCUUUUAUGUUUUGGAACCAGCACAAUGUCACUCACCCCUAAAGUAGCCACUAAUGAACCAGAGAAGACUGAUGUGAACCAGAUGGUAAAUGAUGUGCUGACUACACCAUUCUGUUUGAAAGUUUACCAAGAGUUAAUGGGGGAAGUUCCCAUAGCAUACAGUACCUUUUUUUGAAUCUGGUGGACUAUGAACUGUAGUGGUGCAGUGACUCUGUCAGUGAUGUCUUCAUGUCACAUUGUGGUUGAUGUAACCUCUUUGCCUGGUGAAUCAUGUCUCUGUGCUCUAACAACGCUUUGCUAAACCAUGGUGCAGUCUCUGUGCUCUGUGUGUGCUGCUGUUUGCACUAGUCUCCUGUGAGGACCCUUUCCUUUGUCAAGCCAUGUGAGUGUGCACAGUGUCCAAUGUUCUAGUCUUGUAAUUGCAUUACUUGAUCUCUUUGUACAAAUCCAACAACACAGCUGGUAAUAAAAAAUGUGAAAUCUA